AUGUCGGCACCGAAGCAAGGUCCCUUUAUUCUCGUGGCUGCUAGCAUCACUGCCAAGGGUGAGGCAGAGGCCGAGUCGCUGGAGAAGCACCUCGUGACGAUUUCACGCAAGGCGAACAACGACGAGGCGGGCACCAAGACGUACCGUGUUUCGCGUGAUGUCAAUGACAAGCUCAAAUUUAUUGUAUUUGCUAACUACGAAACAGAGGAGUAUGUGGAUGAGGCUGCCUUUGAAGCCCACAAAGCUAGUGAUGAGUUCCAGGCGCUCUUCCGCGAGGUGGGAACGUUGACUUCGCAAUUCGACUUCCAGUUCCUGCACGAGAAGCGCCCGUAA